UGCUACGCCAGAAAAUCCACGGAUCAGUGAACACUCUCACUAAUCCACCCAUCUCCAUAAUCGCUCCCCGCAACAAAAACCUUCUAUUCUAAUCAACUACUUCCUUCACACUUCACACCCUUACAAAUUUCUAUCAAACCAAUUCAUAUUCAACUCAACACACAAAAGAAUCAUCAAAUCAUACAUAUAUACUCUUCUUCCUCCUCCUCCAAAACCUGUGUGCACAACAACACUACUACUUUAUAGUAAUUUUUUCUAUCGCUCGCCGCAUCUUUGACACUGACGGUAUAGUUUUUUUUUUUUUUGAUUAAAAAAAAAAUGAACAUCUCAAUAUCAGCCUGCGCCUGCAAACAGGAGCUGCCCCUAGUAAGCUUCCAAAAGGGAUCACUAUCGAUGGAGUCGUUGUUUCAUAAUAGGAAUAAGGAGAAGGUGGUGGUGAUAAUGGGGGCUACUGGUACCGGCAAAACGAAGUUGGCCAUAGACGUGGCCAAACACUUCCAACCCGCGGAGGUAGUGAACUCAGACAAAAUGCAAGUCUACGAGGGCCUGGACAUCACCACCAACAAGGUCACCGAAGAAGAGUGUUCUGGGGUCCCACAUCAUCUGCUUGGCACUGUUGACCCCUACAUAAAUUUCACCGCCAACGACUUCUGUCGCCACGCCACUUUGGCUAUCGAUUCCAUUGUGGAAAAAAAUGGCUUACCCAUCAUCGCUGGAGGCUCUAAUUCUUACUUAGACGCGUUGGUCAAUCAUUAUCCCGAGUUUAGGUUAAGGUACCAGUGCUGUUUCCUCUGGGUUGACGUGUCACUCCCGGUUCUCCAUUCUUCCCUCCAGGCACGUGUGGACCGCAUGAUCGAAGCUGGUCAAGUCAACGAGGUUCGUCAAUUCUUCGACCCCAGUGUAACCGAUUACACUAAAGGGAUACGAAGAGCCAUUGGUGUGCCCGAAUUCGAUGACUUUCUAAGAGCAGAGGCUAAUGGAGGCGUUGAUGAGAGAACAAAACAGAGACUUCUUGAGGCCGCCAUUGCAAGGUUGAAGAUCAACAACUGCACGCUCGCCAACCGUCAGAUUCAGAAGAUCCACCGCUUGCACGGGCUGUGGAAACGGAACAUGCACCGCCUCGACGCCACCGAGGUUUUCCUUGGGUCACGUGACGCCUGGCACGAUCACGUGCUCGCCAAGAGCUUGAUCGUCCUCCACAAGUUUCUCUACGGGGAGAAGAAAACGCCGCACCACGUCGUCCCUGCCGGAAUCGUCUCUCACAAAGAUGUAAUUGCGGCGGCGGCGCCGGUAGCAAUGGCCGCAACGCGUUAAAAGAGGAAGAGGAAGAGGAAGACUAGUAGGGCCAGAGAAUCUAUAUUAUACACUAUAUACACCAUUGGCGCAUGCUGAAACACUAUGCCAUUGCAUAUCUUUUUUUUUUUUUUCUUUCUUUUUUUUAUACCAUAUUUCAGGUCAUGUCAUUGGUAUUAGUAAAUGUUUUACUUACUAUAUA